CCCCCCCGCAGCGGGAGACGGGGGCGGGCGGGAGGAAGCGAGCUCCUUUGUGGGCUUUGACAAUAAGAUGGCGGGCGGGGGGAGGCGGGGUCGCUCUGUUCGGUUAGCCCCGCCCCCGCCCUCAAGCGCGGAGCGGUCGGUGAGGCGGGAGCAGGGCUCCUGCACUGGCAGGCGGCGGCGACAGCAGCGGUGGUGCUCCAAGUUUUGCUGUAUGGACUCUUGCUCAGUAGCAUGGGAGAAGAGGAAGGACUACAUCAAACACAGUUAUUGAGGUUAAGCAUGCCAGUAGAAACUCGGGAGGAGCGAGGAGAAACUGCCUCUCGGAUAGGUGAAAUACGGCCGUUGAGAUGUUUGCUUCUGUGCGAAGCGGCCGCUCCUGACUUCCAUCAAGUGUGGGGCUUCAUGGGAGCCCGGAGCUGGGAGCCUCUGCCUCUCCGAUGCCAUGACUUGUGGAGCUGCUCACCCCUGGUUCCCGAGUGCCGUCUUUGGGACCCAGUCCAUAUGUUCCUGACCCCUGUUGUACCACACUGGCCAUUCUCUAACCUGGACACAAUGUUCGUGCGAGGAUUGAAGAGAAAAUGUUUCGAUGGUGAAGAAGAUAUCGAGGGAACUCUGGCUGGUAUUAAGGCUAUUCCUUCAUACAACCUUCAGCGGCAGUCGCUAUUAGAUAUGUCCUUGGUUAAACUUCAGCUGUGUCACAUGCUGGUUGAGCCUAACCUUUGUCGUUCGGUACUUAUAGCCAACACGGUACGGCAGAUCCAAGAGGAAAUGACUCAAGAUGGGACUUGGCAGAUGAUAAAUACACAGAGUACGGGGCAGGCAUCCCUGGAUCGUCUCGUUUCCACAGAUAUCCUGUGUCGUUCAUCUAGGGAACAGGCUGAGGGAAAGCAUGUUCCAGGCUAUAGUGCUUUCAGUAAAGACUUUGAGGGUGACCAGGCACAAGAUAGUUCAGAAACUAUGUCAACAGCCUCUUCGGUGCCAGCUCCAAGAAACCUGCAGAGCAAUGUGUGGGAAAUGGAGAAUCCCCAAGAAAACAAAGGAAACUUUCAAAAAUCAUUAGAUCAAAUAUUUGAGACACUGGAGACUAAAAGCCCUAAUUCUGUCGAAGAUCUGUUUUCAGAAGUUGACAAUUCUUACUAUGAUCUUGAUACUAUGUUAACAGGAAUGAUGAGCAAUACAAAAAUGGGACACUGUGAUGGCCUUGAAACAUUUUCUUCUCCAACAACUACACCUUCUAACUCUAAUUGUAAAUCCGAUCUUAAUGACCUCGAUCAUAUUGUGGAAAUCCUUGUUGAGUCCUGAAAUUCCUUACGUAGGAGUUAAAGAUCUGUUAAUAGGAAAAGAAGAAAGACUUGAGAAAACUAUUUCCACAGUUCUAUCCAAUCUGCACGUGUAUUUUACAAGUAUCUAUAUAUUAUAUAGAUAGAUAUAUUAAAAAAGCACUUCAUAUUGCAAAAAUAGUGUUAACUCUUAAAGUUAACCUGCAACUUGUAGUGUCAUAAUCCCACUUCUUGUCCAUUGAACUGUAAGUACAUACGGUAAAUGUUUUGAAGCUUGGAGUCCAAGGCUCUUGCAAUUGGGUUCCUUUUACCACUUUGGUUUAGCCUUUGAUGGAGAAUAUGCUAAGUGAGGGGAAUUCUCUCAUCUUUUUCUUUCUCUCCCAGUAAAAAUGGUAAUAAGCAUAGAGAGAUGCUGGAUAAAUGGUUUCCUACUCUCCUCCAGUUUUCACUUUGUUACACCAUAAAACUCCUGUUUGCUGCUUCUGUCCUAAGUCGCUACGUGGCUCUUAAAGAGCAGUAUGCAAUAGUUCCUGUUCUCCUAGCUAGCUGCUUCUGGUUUUUUGCUACAAUUUUUACUUCAAAAAUAGUUUUUAAGUGUUUAUUGGUGUUUAGAGUUUUCCAGGUAUUUUCCUAAAAUCUAUUUUUACUACAGAUGUUAUGUCAGCUGCUAACUUAGUACCUUUUGAUCAUAUCUGCAGCUGAUGUAUUUUUGAACGAUUUUUCAAAAAGGGAUGGUGUUUUUUCUACUGUGAGCUACCCAAUAUAGUUCACUAAAGUGUAUGUAAAUGUAAAUAGACAAUUUUAUACUUUACAUUAAAAUGUAAGAGCUGUUUUCAUGAUUCUGUUUUAUAGAGUAGUACUUUACUAAGUUGAGAAUCGUACGAUUAUACUUUUUCAUACCCCGUAUACGUGAGCAUUGUUAGAGGAAGGGCUUUGGUCCAGCUAGACACGAUUACAUUUAAUUCAUUUCAGACCAUACCUUUUGUUAACUCCAAACCUAAAUUACGUAGGUUUUUAUUUAUGUGUAUUUAUAUGUAAAUGUCAUCAAGUGAAUUGUUUAUCGCUGAUGUCUACCAUCAAAUGUUUGUUUAUAUGAGAUAACUAUCUUGCACUAAUUACUACAAAAAGUGUUAUUAGCGGCCUUUAAGUCUCAACUGGUAUGUCAUGGUGUCUUGUCAUAAUGAACACGCUCUACUCUUA